AUGACCAACUCCAAUUAUACAAGUAACGAGAACAUCGACAUGUCCGACGACACCUCCGAUGAUGGCUUGUACCACCAAUCCGGUCCCUCCUACCGACUGGCCAGAUUUACCCGUCCCCUUAUCGACUACGUCCGGAACGAAUGGCAAAUGGGCACCAAGUACUCCCACCUCCCGACGUCCACCUCCGAACGGCCCGAAUCGCCUCGCUGGGUGCAGAUGAUCACCUCGAUCGUGACGGCGCCGCGAUUCCGUCGCUACGUCGUCGUCUACCUGACCCUGCUGAUUUCGUGUUUCGUCGGCUGGAAGUUUGUGUUGUCGCCGCGGCUGGAGGAACAUUCGGCGCUUCUGCGAUCGCUCGAUCCCAACGUUAAGGAUGAGGUGGGCGGCUGGUUCGGUGCCAACGCGUUGCCGACUUUCGAUAAUAUCGUGCAAUUGAGGGAUUUGGAUCCGUCCUAUCUGCCUGCGGAGAAGGCCGCUGAGCCGAAUCAACUCAAUCAACGGCGGCUGAUCAUGAUCGGCGACGUGCAUGGGUGCAAGGAAGAGUUGGAAACCCUCCUCGAACAAAUCGAAUUCGAUGAAGAGUCCGACCACCUCGUUUUCACCGGCAACUUGAUCGACAAGGGCCCCGACAGUCUCGGUGUCGUCGAUCUCGUCCGCAAAUACUCCGCUUCAUGUGUCCGCGGCAACCAUGAGGAUCGCAUUCUAGUCCUUCGGCACGAUUUGAUCGCCGCCAAGAUUCUCGAGGAUACUUCGCAAGACAACGAAGACGACUUCGGACAGGACCCUAGCGGCCGGAAGCUGGCCCGGGAAAUGACCGACGAGCAGGCCAAGUGGCUGGAUACCUGCCCGGUCAUCCUGAACAUCGGCCAGAUCAAGGGUCUCGGGCAGACGGUCGUCGUCCACGGCGGUUUGGUUCCCGGUGUCGAUCUGGAGAAGCAGGACCCUUUUAGCGCCAUGACCAUGGUCACUAUCGACCUCGAACGUCACGUUCCUAGCUCGUCGCAGGUUGGCACGCACUGGACCAAGCUUUACAACAAACACCAGUCCCUCUUGUACUCUAGUGUGGAAAAGACCGUCGAAGACCCCAAGUCCAUGCUGACGACCGUCAUCUACGGACACGACUCGUACAACUCCCUCUCCCUGAAAACAUACACCAAAGGUCUCGACACCGGGUGCGUCGAGGGCGGCAAACUGACGGCCCUGGUCAUCUCUGACGGCGGAGAGCAGAAGGUCGUCCAAGUGGGAUGCAACGAUUAUAGCAAGAACUGGACAUGA